CAGAAGGGUGUAGGGAUAAGGUCGGCGACAUGGCAUGGCUGCUGCCACCGCUCCUGCUCCUGCUCGCCGUCGCCACCGCGGCAGCAGCGACGGAGACUCCCGAGCGGCCGGCGCCGUGGCCGGAGCAGUUCCACGCGGUGCUGUUCACGAACCUGACCAACGUGUCGACGGCGUCGACGAGCCCGCCGCUUCGUCUGACGGACCUGUACUACGACUGGCCGCGGCGGCGCAACCUGAACCUUAUACGCUACCAGCUCUCCGGCGACCCGCUGUACGACGUGGAGUGGAACAACGGCACCAGCUUCUACUUCGACUCGGCCACCUGCCGCACGGAGCACUUCCCCGUCGGUGUGCUGCGACCGGACUGGCUCGUGGAUUGCGUCUACCUCGGCCGCGAGAGCACCGGCGGGAUCGACUGCCACCUCUGGGGCAAGGAGGGGUUCAUCGUCUACUACGAGGACGUGCUCACGGGUCGCCCCGUCCGGUGGAACUUCCUUGAUGUGACAGGGAUACAGCAGUUCGUGAUGAGCUUCGAGGUCGGUGUGGUGCUGGAGGACGACUCCCAGUGGCAGGCGCCGGCGCACUGCUUUCCGGACGAUGGCGAAGGGAAGAACAAGGUAGACGGGGAUCAUGUCGACAUUUCGAGUGGCAUGGACGCGGCCAGGAUAUUCAGGAAGUUUGCCGGAGCCGCAGCGUUCUGAUGGAUCAUGGAUGGAUGAUCGAUGUAUACGUAGCCCAUAUAUAUGUGUACGUGCUGCUAAUAUCUCCUGCUCCUAGUUAGUGCCUAGUGGUUUCUUGAGUUGAGAGUUGUGAAUUCGCUACGGAUGGACAGAGUUCAUACGUUCUUGAAUCAGUACUCCAUCUGAUCCACAGUAAUUGUCGAGGAAGUAAGACUUCUGACAACAACUACGGGCUUUCUUAGCUCUGUAUAUACGAUCCUGAACAUUUUAAUUAAAAAUAGAGCGAGGGUUAUUUUAUCUUAGCAAAGAUAUAACCUCUGCUCUCGGUUAGAGCAUAAAAAAUGCUUCAUAA